GAGGUAUGCUACGCGCUUCUUAAAACGACUUAGUCAAGAAAGGAAACCUUUCCAGUUAUAACGCCUUAGCAAGGAAACAAUGCGUGUAAAUAGCCCUUUAACCCGAGGAAGAAGAAAAAUAAAACUCUUUCGUUUUGAAAUAUGUGUUUUUGAUAACAAAACACAGUGGUUUGAUGCUGCGGAAUAAUAAGAAACCCAACAGAUACGCACUCCAAAAGUGACAGAAUGAAAUCUCAAAUCGUAGGGCCAAACCCUUGUUGGCAGAAUUUAACACAAUUUCGCCGUCGACACACUCUGCUAGAUAUAAUAAAACGCCGCGAAAACAUUAAACCGUUAUACGUGAGGACAGAUUCCAUCUCCUGUAAGCGGGACCCUCUACAGGCCCCAAGGACUUUCUGCAGUCACUCAUCUCACUUGCUCAGUGAUCUUUAAUAAACCCUAUAGCUCUCAACAAAUUCGGGACAAAUCCAGAAAUAAUCAGGUACACUUUUAAAAUGUUAAUACUAUUAACUCAAUAUAAUAUGAACUAGUAUACACUUUCGGAAGUAAAAUACGUCUAUAAUUAUAUUUAUUGUCAUUAUUUAUCAAAUGUAAUUCACCACUUUUUCUCCAGAAGUCAUCAAUUUUUUAGGAGGGACAGAACUAAAAUUUGAGUCAAAAUCAGGGGCUGUUGAGGGGUAUGAUCCAUACAUUUCUGUUUCGACUUUUAGUAUUUUUUAAGCGUAGCCGCUUCCGCAAUAAGUUUACUUUCACAAUCAGCUCUUGUCCUAGUGGUCACGAUUACCCUGCACAUAGAAGUAUAUGUACACGGUGCCGCUGUAACUCUCAACUAGUCGGGGAGAAAUCCAGAAAAAAUCAGGGACGUCACGUUUCUAAAAUAUUAGAACUAGUAAUUUGGCACAUUGGCAGAAUAAGAGAAUGUGGAUUAAUGUAAAAUUUUGAAAUAAGUCUGAAACCCUAAUUAUUUAUUAAGUACAAUUCACCAAGAGACACACAUUUAACUCAAAAUCAGAGACAGUUGAGAGGUAUAAAUGCAACUGUCAGAAGUCAGGUGAUCAAACAAGCUACACCUAAGCGGACGAAGCCCGUAGAGAAAGCCCCGCCUCCGCCGGUGUCCUUCUCAGGUCGGGCCGCUCUAAGCUCCUCCUUCAGUAUGUUCCUCUGCCAGGUUGGACGGUUCCUGAUGGGUUACAUUCUUAAGGUUUUAGAAUGGCAAAGGGUGAGGCAGGGACGACUUGGAGUCACAUGCUUUCUUCGCCAAGUUGAGAAGCUGCAGAUUUUUAUUGACAUACAGAAAUCGUUUUUAUAGCUCUCUCUCAUCUCUGACUGAGCUUUUCAGUUUUAUGUGCCAUGAAGUUUGAAAUGGAAUGAUGAUGCAUUGGAAAAGUACUGUUGACUACAGAUUUGUCUGCUGUGCAUUACCCUGUGGAACCGUGCAGGAAAUGAGCCACAAUUCCCAGAAUAUGACUAUUUGACAUGCGAUUUUGUAAGGACACAAUGGUUUUACGUGAAUCUCCAUUCCCAAACUGCUUCCUUGCCAGCCUCCACAGUCUUGCUUGGGGCCUUAUUUUCCCGUGUUACUGGCUACUUGACCGAAUUUUGGCCACUUGUGUGUCGACUACAUUGGAGAAACAGAAAAGGAUAGAGCAAGAGUGUUACCUUUACCCCUUGAAAAUAAUUUUUGGAGGAGCACUAUACAUUAUCCUGUUCGUGAUCUCUCUGCCUUUUGCUUUGUUUGGCUUUAUCCUCUGGGUUCCUUUACAGGCUGCCCGUCGACCAUAUGCCUACUGCUACAAUCCUAAAGUUGAAGAAAAAGUGCAAAAGAAAUGGGUUUCUAAGGAAAGUGGCAUGCUUUUCAGCUUCAUUAGUGCCAACCUUUGUCUUCUGCCUGAUGGUCUGGCAAGGUUCAGCAACUUAUCACACAGUCAGAAAAGAUCCUGUAUCAUUGGCCAGUACAUUAUGGAUGGAGUCUGUAGGCCUCGAAUUAAAAUCUGCAUUGAUUCACCAAGUACAGUGACUCUCAGCCCUGGAAGUAAAAGAGGCAGCCUGUUCCCUUCUAGGCAGUCCUCGUAUGGUGCUAUUGAAUCCCACCCCUCAGAUGAAGCCUUACUGAGAGACUCAAACCUGCGGUACAUUGACAGCUCCGAAGAAAGCAGUGAACUGGAAAGGAAGAUUGAUGGCAUGUCACCAAAUGGAAGCAUAAACUUUGAGCCUGCUGCUGCUGACCCUUCUGUUGUCACUCUGGCCGUUUCAGGUCACGUGGCUCAGAACUCUGUGGAAGGCCUCUCUCCCACAGGACAUCCAACCCAACAACACACUGGCCCCAGGACACGGUAUAAGAAAAAUAAGAUUAAUAAGGAUGCUUACUGUGAAAUCUCAUCACUCUUCCCUGCUGAUGCUGACUUUGUUUGUCUCCAGGAAGUGUUUGACAAGAGGGCAGCAGCCAGGCUGAAAUCUUUGUUGAGCCCUUUCUUUGGACAUGUCUUGUAUGACAUUGGCAUUUAUGCCCUUUAUGGCUGCUCAGAUUUUAAAUUCUUCAACAGUGGUCUUUUCCUGGCCAGUCGGUAUCCCAUUCUGGAUGCAAAGUACCGCUUUUAUCCUAAUGGAAGAGGAGAAGAUGCCCUAGCAGCGAAAGGCCUUCUUUGUGUAAAGAUUCAAGUUGGCAGCACUUGUCAGAAUGAACAGACUGACAUUGUGGGAUACCUUAACUGCACUCACCUGCAUGCUCCAGAAGGGGAUGGGCAAAUCCGCUGUGAGCAAAUGACUGUUAUGAUGGAAUGGAUAAAGGAAUUUCAACAAUCCACUCUUAAAACUGGUGAGAAAGUAGCAUUUGAUGUCCUCUGUGGCGAUUUCAACUUCGACAACUGUUCUCCAGAUGACCAUCUGGAGCAAAGCCACAUUGUGUUUAAUACCUAUAAGGAUCCAUGUCGAGUGGGAGCAAUGCAGGAUCAUCCCUGGGCUAUAGGGACCUUGCUGCAGGCAGCAAACCUGUAUGAUGUAAAUGUCAGGACACCAGAGGGACUUCAGAGAAUUUUGGAAAAUGAGGAACAUCGGAAAUUAUACAUUGCCCCACCAAUUAAUCCUGAUGGAAGCAACUACGAUUGUGAACAGACUGGGUCACCUUGGAUAGGACGUCGCAUUGACUAUAUCAUGUUCUGUGACAACUCUGUCUCAAAGCAUUACAAAACAGAACUUGAAGAGUUCUGCUUCAUCACUCAGCUAGCUGGACUUUCUGACCACAUUCCUGUUGGUCUUCGUCUGUUUGUCACCACUGCAGAGGAAGAAAUGGAAGCUCUUUAAUAAUUACUAACUCCUCAAGGACAUUUAUGUUUUACCUAACAAUGAAAAAGGUUAUAAAAAUACCUAGACAGUUUCAGCAUAUAAACACAGGAAAAGUAAAUCCAGGCUUCAAAGUCAUCGAAAUAGUUUUCAAAAUAUUUUUGGAAAACUGCAGAAGAUAGAUUUAAAAACUGUUCAUUUUAUUACAGAACUAAGAAUCUAAACAUUAUUUCUAAUAUGUAGAGAGCAAACCAGCAUAAGUCAUUUGUUUUUCAUGGAUCACAUGAAUUGCUGAGGAUUCAGCUGUCACCUAAAAUGCAUUGUUGGGUACAGAGGAAUGUCACAUUUCUGAAUAACUGAUGGGAUUCUGCACCUCCGCAUCAAAGUUGCCAUUCUUAUAGAAGCUGCCAAGAUGCUCUUAACAAGUGCUGCAUAGAAAUGUUUACAACUUUGGUGCCAGUUCUUUGUUUUUCUCAGCAUUACGUUUCUCAGACUAGUAGCAAAAUUCUGUUUUAACUUAUUGUUUACAUUGAGAACUUGGACUGACCCAGUUUACAAAUACAGAUCUGUUGGUUAAAAUGAAACUUUAUAUCUUCUUCAUGUGAUGUAUGGUGUACUGAUAUUUUCAGGAGCUCCUUAAGCCAUAAUUGGGUGCUGUAUGUCUGCUCUCCAGAAAAUGGGCUCGGUAUUAUUGAGGUUGUAGACUUCAUCUGCAUUUUGUGCCUCAUAAAACUGGCAUUUGCAGUCUCUGUAAGAUGUAUUAAAAAAUUAGGAAAUUGGGAUUUUGGAUAACUAAACUAGGUAGCCGAUCAAUUAAAGCACAUUUGAAAUAAUUUAUAGUUUUUUUCUGUUUACUGUUGGGCCACAGCUUUUGCAAUAAACAUAGUCUUUCUACAUGGUA